AUGAGCUAUGUCUUUGAUGGCAGAUUGUGCAGAGUCACUCCCUACUAUUUCCAGUACAAAACUCACGUGAAACAACGAUGGGUGGGCCGCACCAUUCCACAGGUGUUCGAGUCGGAUUUGGGACAAUCAUCAAGUCUUUCUUACGAAGAUAUUAAGCAUGAUAGACUUCAGCUUCAAAUCAAAGACAAAGGAAAACCGGUCAUUAUACAAGGUGAAAAGUUGAUAACACAGCCGUUGCGGCAGCACGAUAUAAUCUUGAACUAUAAGCACAUUCAUGAACCUCCUAUUGUUUGGUCAGGACCAAUAAGUAUAAUAUACCAAGAUCCAUCAUUGAUAGUGGUUAACAAACCAAGUGGGAUUCCAACCCAUCCUUCUGGCAACUUUCGCUAUAAUUCAGUGACAGAGAUUGUCAAGGCUCAAUUGCAUUUGGAGAGCAUCUUUCCGUGUCACAGGCUUGAUAAGGCUACAUCUGGUAUACUAAUGUUGGCUACCACUUCAGCGGCUUGUUCAAAUAUACAGAAGCAGCUUCAAGAGAGAAAAGAUGUUAAAAAAGAAUACAUAGCAAGGGUCAAGGGCAAAUUUCCACCUUCUCAGCUCGUUCACCAAGAUCCUGUAUUUUUACUUAACUCAACAGCUGGUUACAUUAUGCCAGGAAGAUAUGUCUCUAUCGACUCAUCCACCACCUUCACCAGAUUAAAGUACAAUCUGGAGCUUGAUGAGAGCAUAGUAUCUUGCGAGCCUCAUUCGGGAAAAAUGCACCAAAUAAGAAUUCAUCUACGCAACUUGGGUUUCCCCAUAGUCAAUGACAAGUUGUAUAAUCCAGGUGAAUCGGAUAAACUCAAUUUACUCCGAAACAAUAUUGAACUAAAGUUGUACAAGAAAGUGAAAUUGUCGACAAAAGACAACACUGACAUACAAAUAGACAUUGUCAAGGAGUCUGAUUUUGAAUCGAAAGAAAUCCAGCAAGAUAUAAAGAUGCUUCUUGAAUUACGCCAGGCCCGUUUGGCAGAAUUAUUUCUGUCACCAACUGUAUGUGAAGAGUGCAAGCGGCCCAUCGUAGCCUCUACAGGAGAUGGCAAUUCGUUCUGGUUACAUGCUCGAAAAUAUGAAGUGAAUAUCAAUGGUGAUCUACUUUCGUUUUCUGCCGCAGAACCUGAUUGGGCAUGUAUCUAA